AUGAUAUCUUACACUCUAUGGGCCACGACAUAUGAGUAUAAGCUUAUUCUAGAGAAGAUUAGAGAUUCUGAAACUGGAAAGGAUGCAAAGGAUGUUCAUUUUGAAAGAAAUAUAAUUGUUAGUGAACAAGACUUGCUCUUACCGAAGAGAUUGAAUGUUCAACAAUUACGCACAUAUAAUAUAAUAAUUGAUAGAGUAUUUUCUGGAAAACAAGGAGCUUUCUUCAUCGAUGGUCCUAGAGGAACAGCUUUAACAACUGCAACUUCUGGUGUAGCAGCUUCUAUCCUUCCAAGAGGACCAACUGCUCAUUCACGGUUCAAAAUGCCUAUUGAUAUAGAUGAUAAUUUUCGGUGCAACAUUAGUAAACAAAGUUCACUCGCACGUCUAAUUAGAGAUGCAAAAUUAAUUGUAUGGGAUGAGGCAUCAAUGGCAAAAAAGAAUUUGAUUGAAGCUCUUGAUGCACUUUUGAGAGAUAUUAUGGACAUCGAUACAAUGUUUGGUGGUAAAGUAGUUGUAUUUGGAGGUGACUUUAGACAAACUCUACCAGUUGUUCGAAAUGGAAAAAAAGAAGAUUUUAUUCAUGAAAGCUUAUUGUAUUCUGAAAUUUGGAAUAAACUUGAGAAAUUAUACCUAUCUGAAAAUAUGUGCGCAAGAACAGAUCCUUCUUUUUGUGAAUAUUUACUUCGAAUUGGAAAUGGAACAGAAAGAACUAACUGUGAAGACAAAAUAGAGAUUCCUAAUUCUUUUGUUAUUCCUUUUACGACUGAAGCGAAAUCCUUAGAUGCACUGUUUAGUGUAAUGUAUCCUGAUUUACAUGCAUUUUCUCCUGAUUUAUCUAUGAUAACCUCUCAUGUUAUUUUAACAACGAAGAAUGACUUUGUAAACGAAAUAAAUAAUAUGUUAAUCGCUAAAUUUCCAGAAAGGUCUAAAAUAUUUGUUGCAAUAGAUGAAACUAUUGAACCGAAUGAUCAAAGCUAG